GCGCUCCGCGACGGCGAAGGAGGCCGGGCCGCGAUCGGCGUGCGGAGAGCGGACGCGGCACGAGAAGCGGCAGCAGCGGCAGGAGGAGCGGGCGCCUGUCCGGGGAGGCGGCGAGCAGCUGCAGCAUCUGCAGCCGGCAGGCCCGGGGUCGCGAUGUUGCCUGCGGCGCGGGCCGACUACCUGGCGCCCUGGUGGGCGUCGUGGCUGCACGGGCUGCCCCACUUGAGCCUCCGCCUGCAGCCGGUCUCCAGCGCCUUCCGCCCGAGGGACGCCGACUACCAGCAGUCCCUGUUGCUCUUGGCUCUCGUGGGAGCUGUCUUUCUGGGCCUCAACCUGGUAUUCCUUGGUAUUUAUCUGAUCUGUCUGUGCUGCUGCAAGAGGGAGGAGGAGUCGGAGACGAAGAGGCCCAAUUUGUGCUGCAUCACCUGGACUGCUGUGGUAGCCGGCCUCAUCUGUUGUGCUGCUGUUGGCAUUGGUUUCUAUGGCAACAGUGAAACCAACGAUGGGGUUUAUCAACUGAUCUACGCCCUAAAUAAUGCUAAUCGCACUCUUUCGGAGAUUGAUUCGCUGGUCUCAAACACCUCUGUGCAGAUGAAGGUGGCUCUGGAGCAGCACCUGGCGCGGCUGAACGAGAUCUUUGCCACCCGAGGCGACUAUGUGCAGACGCUUAAGUUCCUGCAGCAGAUGGCUGGCAAUAUUGUGCUGCAGCUCUCGGGGCUCCCUGUCUGGAACGAUGUCACUGUAGACCUGUCUCAAGUUGCUGGUGAAGUUGGUUACGUGGAAUAUUACAGAUGGCUCUCCUACCUCUUGCUCUUCAUCCUGGACUUGGUGAUCUGCCUUACUGCCUGCCUGGGCCUAGCAAAGCACUCCAAAUGUCUGCUUAUUGUGAUUCUGUGCUGUGGGCUUUUCACACUCAUUCUCAGCUGGUCUUCCUUUGCGGCAGAUGUGUCGGGAGCAGUGGGUACCAGUGACUUCUGCAUGGCUCCGGAUAAGUUCAUCAUGAACAUGACGCAAAGCGACCUCAGUGCAGAGAUUGUACGGUACUACCUGUAUUGCAGCCAGAGUCUGACCAACCCCUUCCAGCAGGCCUUGACCAUCUACCAGCGUUCUCUCACGACCAUGCAGAUCCAGAUCCAAGGCCUCAUGCAGUUUGCUCUCCCUCUUUUCCCUACAGCCGAGAGAGAUCUGCUAGGCAUACAGCAGCUACUGAACAAAUCAGAGGGCAGCCUCCACCAGCUGACCGCCAUGUUGGACUGCCGGGGCUUACACAAGGACUACCUGGAUGCCUUGAUUGGGAUCUGCUACGAUGGGGUGGAAGGCUUGCUGUACCUCAUUCUUUUCUCCCUCUUGGCUGCCGUGUCCUUCUCCACCGUCAUCUGUGCCGUGCCGCGUGCCUGGAAGCAUUUAGCCAGCAGGGACCGGGAUUAUGACGACAUAGAUGAAGAAGACCCCUUCAAUCCGCAGGCCCGACGAAUUGCUGCUCACAACCCCAGCCGGGGGCAGCUCCGUAGUUUCUGCAGCUACAGUAGCAGCCUGGGUAGCCAGACCAGCCUGCAGCCUCCAGCACAGACCAUCUCCAACGCGCCAGUAUCAGAGUACAUUAUUCUCCAAGUAUGCGAGCCACCUAUCUAUCGGUUAAUGAUGAUCACAGGCGACAGCACGGCCCCCAAUUUCCAGCCUAGCACUCACCUUGUAGACAAAAGCCCACAAAAUACGAUGUUGCUAUAGUGGAAAACCCAGUGACAACUUGAAGGCGCACGGACUGCAGGGAAAUAGAAUUGCCUCCGCAAGGAUGCAGAAGGGCUCUCUGAGAGGGAGUCGGCUGAAGAAGACACCCGCUGGCACUACGGAUAUAACCUUCCAGGGAUUGUCCCCGGUGCUCGACCGACAGCCUUUUCUCUCUCACAACGUUUAGUCUUCCUCUCUCGCACACACGGGAUGGUACCCGGUGCUUCCAUCCUUCGAGCGAACUGCUCCGAAGUCUCCUCCUUGACUCCGCCAUUUCCUCCCGAUCCCUUCCUGCCACCAGUGCAUUGCCCUGCCCAAACCUAUUUUUUGGGGGGGGCGGGGAAGAGACAGGGGUGAAAUUAGGGUUUGGACUGUCGGAAGUUUAUGCACAGGCUUUCCCUCUGCACCGACUUGAGGGCUGGGUUUCCCCCCCCCCAUCAUUGAUGGUGUGGUUCGGGCUUCCUUUUUGAUUUUGUUUGUUUUAUUAGGAGCAAAUAACAAAGACCAGUACACUGUACAAGUAAAACAGAACACUGAUUCGUGGUGUACAGUGAUCUAAGGGAGGUGGGCUGCUUUCCACGAAAGAAAAAUGCACCCCACUCUUUGGAGUCAAAUGCAAUACCAACCGCUAGAGCGAAUUUUCUUUUUUCCUCUAGAGAGGUCUCUGCACACAAAAAAGCCUAUUUCUGGCUGCUACUUCAUCAUCUUCAUCAUUGCCCUUAUCGUAGCACCUGUUUGGUGUAGAAUGGUACGAGAUCCACACUCAGUAUUCUCCCUUUGUCAUCGGUUAUUAGAAUUAACAGGCAGUUCAGCCAACAUUGCUUCAAUGGCCUCAGGUAUUAUUUAGAACAAACUGGGUUUGUUUUGUUCUUUUAUGCAUUUUGUUUGUUCUUCGUAUUACAAUAAUUAUUGUUAUUUCCAGUGUUUUUAUAUCGGCUAUCCAAAGAGCAUAACCUCUUUUAUCUCUCUCUCUUUUUUGUCUUUUAAAAGUUUUUUUAUUAAUUACACGUGAGGUGAGUUAUUUUUUAAUAUGUUGAAUAAUUUACAAAUUUCUGUUUUUAGCACUGAUUUUUCUUAAUCAAAUGCCAUUGCCCAUGCAGGGGAAAACUUUGACAUAUUCAAGCAUUAUUUUCUCUCAGUAUGCUGGGGCGGGGCAGGGUGAAUAAAAAUAACAGUGAAAAUUGGGUUGGUAUGUAAUAGGGAGAAAUUGCUCUAACCAUUGCCAUGAAGGUGCUGCUGACAGACAGUGUCUUAGUACAAUUUCCCUUGAGAGUAAUGUCUCAUCUAUUUUUCUCCAGUCGUGGCUUGUGGUACACCUACUGUCUUUAGAGACUCUUGAAAGCUAUCGAUGCUAAUCGAGGGAGUCCUUUUAAACUAGAACUGGUGCUCAUCACUGCAGCGAUUGUAGCACAACUUUGGCUGCCAAUAGAAAUGGAACAUGGUUUUCCAUUUCCACCCAGUACUGAAGAGAGGAAUUCUCUUCUACCCUUCUUCUGUGUCUGUGUGUGUGUCUCUGAGUUAAGUCCAGCUCAUGGGCGUAGCCAGGAUUUAUGUUGGGGCGGGCAGGACACCCACCUGUCAUUGCCCUCUAUCUAGCAGAUUUCAGAAUGAAAUGUCUCAACAACAGCUGGUUUAAAUGGCUUUCUUUUUGACCUCAGAAAAAUCUGUCAAAAAUCUUCAGUCAUUUGAAAACUAGGAACUUAAAUGAAAAAUUAUCGUCAGGGAGUGCUUUUCAUGCAAUAUAUUUUGCAAAAUUACAAAGGGCACAUCUUUUUUUCUUUCAUUUUUUUUU